AUGGAGCCAUUGAAACCCAAUAGUCAGCACAGCUAUCCUCCGAAAGACUACGACCAAGAGCAGUCGAGCUCCAUAACAGAUUCUCAAAGCAGCGACGAUGAAGACUGGUACCCUGGUGACGGUAUUUGUCCGCCAGAAACUCAGUUCCAAUCAUGCUAUCAAGCCAGUCUAGACUCCUGGAGCCAAGCAGCAUCCAGUCGUGACGGAGCACUUAAGUCGCUAGACAUGCAUUUGAGGGCUUUUCUAGGUCUCCUGGAAAAUGUCCCCCCUUUCUUCCACGAGCCGCCUAAGAACAUUGAGUUGACAGGUGGGACAAAGUCGCCGCUUGUCCUGCGGUCGUCAUUGCAUCUCAAGACUACGGGUCAUCCUAGAUGCAGCCAACACUGGAAGCCAAUUGAUUAUCUUCAAUGUCUUGGGUUUCCGCUGCCCACUUUCUAUCAAACCGACAUGGAAGAACCAGUACGCAGUAUCACGCUUGCAACACGGGAAUUGCGACCCGCAUACCUCACAAGUAUUGUCUUGGCUUGGUCAUAUAUUUUGUCUUCUCGCUGGGUGGAAAUAUUGCAGUCUGCUGGCGAGGAUUGUACCCUUUUCCAUGAUAGUAGUGAUUCGAUGAUCGAAAAUUUUUGGGAACUCAUUACACAAGGUCGUUGGCUAGCUCGGGUGAAGAGAGGACAGGCCAAGUCAUACUCACCCUGGAUGCUACGAGGCGAAGAUAAGAGUCAUAACAAAAGGUAA